AUGACUCAACUGCAGCCACUGAAAGGAACCACGCCGAUAGGCUUCUCGGCCACUACAUCCCCGAACACCAGUGGGAGCUCGAGCGUGAAGAAUGGGACCGGCAAACCCAGCAAUGAAAUCUUUGCACCCAUCACCGGGGACCUCAUUGACCGUCACAAUGGCAAUGUGACGGGCGGCAGUAUCCGCGUCCGUUUCCCUGGAGGAAUCGAACAGUGGAAGAAGUCGGUCAACCAGAUCCCCGAGCGCUGCGACCUGAGCGGUCUAGCAACUGACUCCACGCGAUAUCAGCUCGCAUCGACUGGGUUCAGUGACACAAGCGCUACCUACCAGGAGCGCUUGAUGACGGUCCCCGUUGACGUACAUUCCGCGCUCCAAGAGCUGUGCCAGGAACGCCAUGUCAGCGUGAGAUCCGUCAUCAAUUUCUGCGUGCACCAAAUGUUGAAAGGGUUUGGAAAUGGCACACACACCAUCACCGCCUCUCUAAGCCACGAGCAGACUCCGCAGAAUUCUUCGCCAUCCUGGGUGGUCUCCCCCUCAAUUGUCACUCAUGAGAACAGAGACGGAUGGUCCGUCGCGCAGGCGGUCGAGAGUAUCGAAGCGGCGCGCGGUUCGAAGAAGGAGUCAGUGAGCACGAUCGACUUAGGGUCAAGUCUCGUGAAACUGGGGUUAUUUGACUUACUCGUCACUUUUGUCGGUGCAGGCGAUGCUCAUCUUCCGUCUCUCGACUUUCCCCUCGCAGUCAUAGUGCGUGAGUGUGAUGCCAGCCUCUCGCUGACUCUGCGUUUCUCCGACUGUCUCUUCAACGAGGAGACAAUAUGCAAUUUCACCGAUGCCCUAAAGAUCUUGCUCGCCGAAGCAGUGAUAGGAAGGGCGACCCCCGUCGCCGAUAUCGAACUGCUGUCCGCAGAGCAGAAGCAGCAGCUGGAAGAGUGGAACAACACGGAUGGCGAGUACCCUUCAUCGAAGCGACUGCAUCAUCUCAUCGAAGAGGUGGCUGAACGCCACGAAGACAAAGUGGCCAUUGUCUGCGACGAGCGAGAGCUCACCUACGGCGAGCUCAAUGCCCAGAGCAACCGGCUCGCACGUUAUAUCCGCUCCAUUGGGAUCCAGCCCGAGCAGCUAGUCGCACUUUUUCUUGAUAAGAGCGAGAAACUCAUCAUUACCCUCAUCGGUGUGUGGAAAUCCGGCGCUGCCUACGUGCCCAUCGACCCGACUUAUCCGGAUGAGCGAGUCCGCUUCGUGCUGGAUGAUACCAAGGCACAGGCUAUCAUCGUCAGCAAUCGCCACGCGGAGAGGCUCCAGCGAGAGGUUGUCGGCGAUAGAAACAUCCGCAUUAUCCGUCUGGAGCCCUUGCUCACCUUGCUUGCUCAUGAUUCCUCAAAAUUCCCGGCGCAUAACUUGGAGGACCUACUCCUUACGAGCCAACAGCUCGCCUACGUGACGUACACCUCUGGAACCACCGGUUUCCCCAAGGGCAUAUGCAAACAACACACCAAUGUGGUGAACAGUAUCACCGACUUGUCUGCAAGGUACGGGGUGGCCGAACAGCACCACGAAGCCAUUUUGCUCUUCUCGGCCUGCGUGUUUGAGCCGUUUGUUAGACAGACGCUCAUGGCACUCGUUAAUGGCCAUCUUCUCGCAGUUAUCAAUGACGUGGAAAAGUAUGACGCCGACACGCUCCUCCCCUUCAUACGCAGACACAACAUCACCUACCUUAAUGGUACUGCCUCUGUUCUGCAAGAAUACGACUUUUCUGAUUGCCCAUCACUGAAGCGGAUGAUUUUGGUGGGCGAGAAUUUGACAGAAGCCCGCUAUCUGGCGCUGCGCCGGCGCUUCAAGAAUCGCAUCCUGAACGAGUAUGGCUUUACCGAGUCAGCCUUUGUAACGGCCCUCAAGAUUUUCGAACCGGAGUCAACCCGUAAGGACACGAGUCUGGGGAGACCGGUGCGCAACGUCAAGUGCUACAUCCUCAAUCCUUCUCUCAAGCGUGUCCCGAUUGGAGCUACUGGCGAGUUGCAUAUCGGAGGGUUAGGUAUUUCCAAGGGAUACCUCAACCGUCCCGAUCUCACACCGCACCGCUUCAUUCCCAACCCCUUUCAGACGGAUCGCGAGAAGCAGCUCGGAAUCAACAGCUUAAUGUACAAGACCGGUGAUUUGGCCCGCUGGCUUCCAAACGGCGAGGUUGAGUAUCUCGGACGCGCAGACUUCCAGAUCAAACUGCGAGGCAUUCGAAUCGAGCCUGGUGAAAUCGAGGCGACGCUGGCUCUGUACCCUGGGGUCCGGACCAGCUUGGUAGUAUCCAAAAAGCUCCAAAACGGUCCGGAGGAAACUACCAACGAGCACCUCGUGGGUUAUUAUGUUUGUGACAACGCCUCGGUGUCCGAGGCAGACCUAUUGUCCUUCUUAGAGAAGAAACUACCUCGAUACAUGAUUCCGACGCGGUUGGUACAGCUGUCGCAGAUCCCAGUUAAUGUGAACGGGAAGGCGGACCUGCGCGCCUUGCCAGCCGUCGAUAUCUCCAAUUCCACGGAGGUCCAUUCCGACCUUGGAGGCGAGAUCGAAAACGCCCUCGGGGAAAUCUGGGCCGACGUGUUGGGCGCCCGUCAGAGAUCGGUCUCUCGCAACGACAACUUCUUCCGUCUUGGAGGGCACAGCAUCACCUGCAUCCAACUGAUCGCACGCAUCCGACAACGACUCUCAGUCAGCAUUUCCGUCGAAGAUGUCUUCGCAACAAGAACACUUAAGCGCAUGGCAGACCUUCUGCGGAACAAGCAGCAGGAAGAAUCCGAUGAACACCUUGAGGCGCCGGCAGAUUUGCUUGAGGAGCAAGCAGGCACGGGCGAUAUCUAUCUGGCAAACAGUCUUCAGCAAGGCUUCGUCUACCAUUACCUCAAGAGUAUGGAACAGUCUGACGCCUAUGUAAUGCAGUCUGUUCUACGAUACAACACCGCAUUGUCUCCAGAUCUGUUCCAGAGAGCAUGGAAGCAUGCACAGCAGUCUCUUCCGGCGCUGCGGCUGCGGUUCUCGUGGGAAAAAGAGGUCUUCCAACUGAUCGAUCAGGAUCCACCACUGGACUGGCGUUCCCUCGACUUCAACAACGUUCCCACAGGUGCUGUCGGGGACCAGAAAUUGGAAGAAUUGCGGGGCCAAGACCUGAAGGAGAGAUACAGGCUGGAUGCGGGCGGACUGUUCCGCGUCUAUCUGAUUGAACACAGCGAGAAUCGCUUCACGUGUCUCUUCAGCUGCCACCACGCAAUCCUCGAUGGCUGGAGUCUUCCGCUUUUGUUUGAGAAAGUUCACGAGACCUACCUGCAGCUGCUGCGUGGGGAAACUCUCACUCCGUCCAUGGAUGACCCUUACACCAACACCCAACGGUAUCUCCACGCUCACCGUGAGGAUCAUCUCGACUUUUGGGCUGGGGUGGUUGAAAAGAUCGACGAACGUUGUGAUAUGAACGCUUUGUUGAACGAGCGCAGUCGAUACAAAAUUCAGCUGGCAGACUAUGACCAGGUGCAAGAGCAGCGACAGCUGACAAUGGCCCUCUCUGGAGACGCAUGGCUAGCAGACCUUCGUCAGACUUGCUCCGCCCAGGGCAUUACUUUGCACUCGAUCCUCCAGUUUGUUUGGCACGCCGUGCUGCACGCUUACGGUGGUGGCACUCAUACAAUCACUGGUACGACUAUUUCUGGAAGAAACCUUCCCAUCGUGGGAAUCGAACGGUCUGUUGGUCCGUAUAUCAAUACGCUGCCGCUGGUACUCGAUCAUUCGACGUUCAAGAACAAGACCAUUAUGGAGGCCAUCGAAGAUGUGCAGGCCAAGGUUAACGCCAUGAACAGCCGGGGAAAUGUGGAACUGGGGCGUUUGCACAAAACUGACUUGAAGCACGGAUUGUUCGACUCUUUGUUCGUGCUUGAAAAUUACCCAAAUCUGGACAAAUCGCGAACACUCGAGCACCAAACUGAGCUACGAUAUUCGAUCGAAGGCGGCACUGAAAAGCUGAACUAUCCGUUAGCUGUCAUCGCGCGCGAAGUUGAGACGACUGGCGGAUUCACUGUAUCCAUCUGCUACGCCAGUGAGCUGUUUGAGGAGGCCAUGAUCUCCGAGCUCCUUCAUAUGGUCCAGGACACUCUGAUGCAGGUUGCCCGAGGUUUAAACAAACCUGUUGGCAGCCUGGAGUAUCUCUCAUCUGUUCAACUGGAGCAACUCGCCGCAUGGAAUGCCACGGAGGCAGAGUUUCCCGAUACCACGCUUCAUGAGAUGUUUGAAAAUGAAGCGAGCCAGAAGCCGGACAAGACAGCGGUAAUCUAUGAGGAUACGUCCUUAACUUACCGCGAGUUGAAUGAGCGGGCGAACCGUAUGGCACAUCAGCUAAGGUCCGACGUCAGCCCCCAGCCCAACGAGGUCGUUGCGCUCGUGAUGGACAAGAGCGAGCAUAUGAUGGCCAGCAUCCUGGCUGUGUGGAAGAGCGGCGGUGCCUAUGUCCCCAUUGACCCUGAAUACCCCAACGACCGCAUUCAAUACAUCCUAGAGGAUACUCAAACUCUCGCUGUCAUCACGGACCCCUGCUAUCUGCCUCGGAUCAAGGAAAUUGCCUCAUCCGGCACGCUUGUUUAUCCCUCUGACUUGGCUGCCAAUCCUGAUUCCAAGUGGAGCGUAUCGAACCCUUCACCAUUGAGUCGGAGUACGGACUUGGCUUAUAUCAUUUAUACCUCUGGAACGACCGGUCGGCCUAAGGGCGUCACGGUAGAGCAUCAUGGAGUGGUCAACCUGCAGGUGUCGCUAUCCAAGAUAUUCGGCCUACGGGAUACUGACGACGAGGUAAUCCUCUCCUUUUCCAACUAUGUGUUCGAUCAUUUCGUGGAGCAAAUGACCGACGCCAUUCUCAAUGGCCAAACUCUACUAGUCCUCAAUGAUGAAAUGCGCGGGGACAAAGAGCGACUCUACAGAUACAUUGAGAAGAACCGAGUGACCUACCUGUCUGGCACCCCAUCUGUGGUCUCCAUGUACGAAUUCAGCCGGUUCAAGGAUCAUCUACGCCGUGUGGACUGCGUUGGAGAGGCUUUCAGCGAACCGGUCUUUGACAAGAUCCGGGAAACGUUCCAUGGCCUUGUCAUUAACGGCUACGGCCCAACCGAAGUUUCCAUCACCUCCCACAAGCGGCUCUACCCGUUCCCAGAGCGGCGCAUGGACAAAAGUAUCGGCCAGCAGAUCCACAACAGCACGUGUUAUGUGCUGAAUGAGGACAUGAAGCGCACUCCCAUAGGGGCCGUCGGUGAGCUCUACCUGGGAGGCCAAGGAGUGGGACGAGGCUAUCACAAUCGUGCAGAUGUGACCGCGGAGCGAUUCAUUCCUAAUCCAUUCCAAUCGGAAGAGGAGAAGCGGAAAGGCCGUAACUCCCGUCUGUACAAGACCGGUGACCUGGUACGCUGGAUCCCUGGAAGCAACGGGGAGGUCGAGUAUCUGGGCCGGAACGACUUCCAGGUCAAAAUUCGUGGACUGCGCAUCGAACUGGGCGAGAUUGAGGCGAUCCUGUCGUCAUAUCCCGGAAUCAAACAGUCUGUGGUGAUUGCCAAGGACCGCAGGGAAGGUGGCCAGAAAUUCCUAGUUGGUUACUAUGUCGCCGAUGCAGCGCUGCCGUCCGCCGCCAUUCGGCGCUUCAUGCAGUCUCGUCUGCCUGGCUACAUGGUACCUUCGCGUCUCAUUCUCGUCAGCAAGUUCCCUGUCACUCCCAGUGGAAAAUUGGACGCCAAGGCUUUGCCCCCUGCCGAGGAAGAGAGCGAGAUUGACGUGGUGCCGCCGCGUAGUGAAAUCGAACGCUCCUUGUGUAACAUCUGGGCAGAACUGCUCGAGAUGCGCCCAGAUGAGAUCGGCAUUUACAGCGAUUUCUUCAGCCUAGGAGGUGACAGUCUGAAGAGCACAAAGCUUUCCUUCAUGGUCCACGAAUCAUUUAACCGCGCCGUCUCGGUCAGCGCCCUUUUCCGUCAUCGGACAAUCGAAGCCCAGGCGCACUUGAUCCUGAAUGAUGCUGCAGAUGUGCACGAAAUCACACCCAUAGAUUGCAAUGAUAUGCAAAUGAUCCCCGUCUCCCGCGCCCAGGAGCGACUCCUCUUCAUCCACGAAUUUGAGAAUGGCACCAAUGCAUACAAUAUCGACAUUGCCUUCGAGCUUCCUGGCUCAGUUGAGGCCUCGGAUCUCGAGCAGGCGUUGCGUGGAAUCCUUUCUCGGCAUGAGGCGUUGAGAACUUUACUCGUCAAGGAUCACGCAACCGGCACCUAUCUCCAGAGGGUAUUGAGUCCCGAUGAAGCCCAGGGCAUGUUCUCCGUCAAGGUGGGCACAAUCCAACAGAUGGAGCGGCUGGAACAAGAGAUAGCCAGUCUAUCUCGGCAUGUUUUCCGCCUCGGAGAUGAACUGCCUUGGGAGGCCCGUGUGCUCAGACUCGAAUCCGGGAACCUGUAUCUCAUUUUGGCGUUCCACCAUACCAGCUUCGAUGCAUGGUCGUUGAAUGUUUUUGAGCAAGACCUUCGGGCCUUCUACACAGCGCUCCACAAAGCCAAGAGUGCAGCGAACUUGCCAGUCCUCAGAGCGCAGUACAAGGAGUAUGCGAUCUACCAUCGCCGGCAGCUGUCUGGCGAUCGCAUGCGCGACCUAUCCGACUUUUGGCUGCGGAAACUGAGUGGCUUGGAGUCAUUGCAGCUGAUAACCGACCAGCCACGGCCUGUGCAAUUCAAGUACGACGGUAACGACAUCAGUAUCGAACUUAGCAAGAAUGAAACGGAGAACCUGAGGGAGGUGGCCAAACGUUGCAAGUCGAGUCUGUACGUCGUGUUGCUUUCCGCUUACUGCGUAAUGCUAGCCUCGUACGCGAACCAGUCCGAUAUUUCCGUGGGUAUCCCAGUCAGUCACCGAACACAUCCGCAAUUCCAAUCCGUCAUUGGCUUCUUCGUCAAUCUUGUGGUGCUUAGGGUUGAUAUUGCUCAGUCAACCACUUACGAGCUCAUCAGAAAGGUGAUGAAAGAGCUCGUGGACGCCCAGCUGCACCAAGACAUGCCGUUCCAGGAGGUGACGAAGCUGUUGCAGGUGGAUAAUGAUCCCAGCCGACAUCCUCUGGUACAGAACGUGUUCAAUUUCGAAUCCCGUGCGAAUGGAGAAUACGAUGCCAGGUCGGAAGAUGAAGGGUCGCUUGAAUUCACUCAAUACCAGCCUGCUCAGCCCGUGGAUUCCGUUGCGAAGUUCGAUCUGAAUGCAACGAUUACAGAAUUGGAGUCGGGAAUGAGAGUCAACUUCAACUAUGCCACCAGCCUAUUCAACAAAAGCACGAUCGAGGGCUUUUUGCACACCUAUGAGUAUCUUCUGCACCAGCUGUCCGAACUGGGGGCAGAAGGGAUCAAGGAGGAUGCGCAGCUGUCCUUGGUUCGCCCGGCGGAGAAUGGCGAUCUGCACUUGCCACUGGCACAGUCCCCACUUGCGAUGACUGUUGAGGAGCAGAAAGCAGCGUCUUUGAACCAGGCCUUUGAGCGCGAAGCUUCUCUUGCCGCAGAUAAGAUUGCCGUUGUGCAGGGAGAUAGGACGCUUAGUUAUGCCGAUCUUAACAAGCAGGCCAACCAACUCGCCCGGUACAUACAGUCCGUCUCCUGUAUUGGAGCAGACGACCGAGUGGCUUUGAUGCUGGAAAAGAGCAUCGAUACGAUUAUUUGCAUUCUCGCAAUUUGGAAAGCCGGCGCAGCAUAUGUGCCCUUGGAUCCAACUUACCCGCCGGAACGCGUCCAGCUGAUCCUUGAGGACAUUCAGGCGAAGGCUGUUCUUGUGCACUCCAGCCAUGCUUCAAAAUGUGAAAACUAUGGCGCAAAAGUGAUUGCAGUCGACUCGCCUGCCAUCGAGACGGCGGUCAGCUCACAGUCAGCCGAUGACUUGCCCACAAUUGCUACCCUUGACAAUCUGGCCUAUGUCAUUUUCACCUCUGGCACUUCUGGCAAGCCCAAGGGAGUCCUAGUCGAGCAAAAGUCAGUUCUUCUUCUCCGCGACGCUCUCCGAGAGCGGUAUUUUGGUGCAGACUGUACGAAGCACCACGGCGUGCUGUUCCUUUCCAACUACGUCUUCGACUUCUCCGUCGAACAACUUGUGUUGUCGGUGCUAAGCGGGCACAAGCUCAUCAUUCCUUCAGCAGAGUUCGUCGCAGAUGAUGAAUUCUACAGAAUGGCCAACACUCAUGGUCUCUCCUAUCUCAGCGGAACGCCAUCCUUGCUGCAGCAGAUCGAUCUGACACGACUGGACCAUCAGCAGGUCGUGACUGCCGCGGGUGAAGAGCUCCAUGCCUCGCAGUAUGAAAAGAUGCGCCGCCGAUUCAAUGGUCCCAUCUACAAUGCCUAUGGCGUCACAGAGACCACGGUGUACAACAUUAUCACGGAAUUCAGAACGAAUUCGACAUUUGAGAAUGCUCUCCGGGACGUGCUCCCCGGCACCCGAGCGUAUUUGCUGAACGCGGCACUCCAGCCGGUCCCGUUGGAUGCUGUCGGAGAACUCUAUCUGGCCGGCGACAGCGUUACACGUGGUUAUCUCAACCAACCUCUUCUGACGGAUCAGCGCUUCAUUCAAAACCCUUUCCGCAGCGAUGAGGACAUUGCCACGGGGCGCUUCGCGCGGCUCUACAAGACCGGCGACCUGGUUCGAUUCCGGUACAGCGGUCAGCAGCAGCCGCAAUUGGAAUACCUAGGAAGAGGCGAUCUGCAGAUCAAGAUGAGAGGAUACAGAAUCGAGAUUUCCGAAAUCCAGAACGUGAUCGCUUCAUGUCCCGGUGUCCGGGAGUGUGCUGUCGUUGCCAAGUAUGAGAACAACGAUACCUAUUCCCGGAUCGCUCACUCCCUGGUCGGCUACUAUACCACUGACAAUGAAGCGGUAUCGGAAGUCGAUAUUCUCAAUUCCAUGAAGGCAAGGCUUCCAACGUACAUGGUGCCCAGCCACCUCUGCCGUCUAGAGGGCGCACUGCCUGUGACGAUCAACGGAAAACUCGAUGCCCGGAGAUUGCCAGAUAUUAUCAACGACUCCACUCAGUCCUCGUACAGCCCGCCAAGGAACAUAAUCGAGGCCAAGAUGUGCAGGCUGUGGGAAUCCGUCUUGGGAAUGGAGCGAUGUGGCAUUGAGGAUGACUUAUUCAAACUGGGUGGCGACAGCAUCACGUCUUUGCACCUCGUGGCCCAAAUUCACAGCCAGGUGGGUUGCAAGGUCACCGUCCGGGAUAUCUUUGAGCAUCGCACCGUCCGAGCUCUCCACGAUCACGUCUUCAUGAAGGCCCCAGAUCGGAGUAAUGUGCCCCAGUUCCGUACUGAACAAGGGCCGGUCGUCGGCGAGGCUCCCCUGCUGCCCAUUCAGGACUGGUUUUUGUCAAAGGCUCUGCAGCAUCCGAGCCAUUGGAACCACACUUUCUACGUCCGAACGCCAGAGCUGGAUGUCGCUUCGUUGAAGGCUGCUGUCCGGGACUUGCAAACGUAUCACGAUGUCUUCCGCAUGCGACUCAAGCGCCAGGACGCCAAAUUCGUGCAGUCCUUUGCUGAGGACUGUUCCCCUAUCCAGCUCCGGGUGCUGAAUGUGAAGGAUGUCAACGGGCCCACGGCCCUCAAUCAGAUGCUGGACGAGUGGCAGUCUGGCUUUAACCUUGAGAACGGACCCAUCGGUGCCAUUGGCUACCUACAUGGGUACGAAGACCGAUCCGCGCGAGUAUGGUUCUCUAUCCACCAUAUCGCCAUCGACACCGUCAGCUGGCAGAUCCUUGUCCGUGACCUGCAGACGCUGUAUCGCAAUGGAGACCUGGGAAACAAGGGCAGCAGUUUCCGGCAGUGGGCUGAAGCCAUCCAAAGUUACCAGGCGUCAGAGUCUGAAAGGGACCACUGGAACAAGCUCAUCACGGAAACAGCCAACAGCAUAUCCGCAUUGCCCUCGUCGACCGAUUCGCGCGUGCGCCUGAGCAGAAGUCUGAGCCCUGAGAAGACAGCCUCGCUGCUCAAAGGGGGGAUCGAUCGACAAGAUGUCUCCGUGUACGACUCCAUCCUGGCUGCAGUCGGAUUGGCACUCCAAAAUAUCGCUCCGACCGGCCCGAGUAUGGUUACGAUCGAGGGACAUGGCCGUGAAGAAGAAGUGGAUCAGACACUGGAUGUCAGCCGCACCAUGGGUUGGUUCACCAGCAUGUAUCCGUUUGAAAUUCCCCGUCUCAGCACCGAGAACCUUGCUCAAGGAGUGGCCGCUGUAAACGAACGGUUCAGACAGGUCCCUGCCCGUGGUGUGGGGUAUGGAGCUUUGUACGGCUAUACUCAACACCCACUGCCCCAGGUGACCGUCAACUACCUGGGCCAGCUCGCUCGCAAGCAAUCAAUGCCAGACAAAUGGGCCCUCGCGGUGGGCGAUAACGAAUUUGAAUACGGACUAACGACUAGCCCAGAGGACAAAGACCGAAGCUCUUCUGCCGUCGACGUCACAGCCGUGUGUAUCAACGGCACUAUGACCAUCAAUGUGGACAGUGCUUGGAGCCUCGAGAAGAGCGAGCAAUUCGUCUCGAGCAUGGAGGAAGGACUGAACAAGAUCAUCGACAGCAUGGCAAGCCAACAAGCCUCGCUAUUCUUGGCUGCUCCUCCAUCGGCCGAGAUGUACACGCCAUAUUUCGAAUAUCUGGAGCCUCCACGACAGGGUCCGACGCUAUUCUUGCUGCCACCGGGCGAGGGAGGCGCUGAGAGUUACUUCAACAACAUCAUCAAGCGGCUGCCUCAGACAAACAUGGUGGUCUUUAACAACUACUACUUGCACAGUAAACGUCUGCGCACGUUCGAGGAACUCGCGGAAAUGUAUCUCGACCAUGUACGCGUCAUCCAACCACACGGGCCGUACCACUUCAUCGGCUGGAGCUUCGGAGGAAUUCUCGCAAUGGAAAUGUCGCGGCGACUGGCAGCCUCGGACGAGAAAAUUGGUUUCCUCGGUAUCAUUGACACCUACUUCAACGUGCGGGGAGCGACACGCGCCAUUGGCUUGGGAGACACUGAGAUUCUGGAUCCCAUCCAUCACAUCUACAAUCCCGAUCCGGCAAAUUUCCAGCGCCUGCCCUCUGCAACGGAUCGCAUCGUGCUGUUCAAGGCCAUCAAGCCGAACGACAAGUACGAAUCUGAGAACCAGCGUCGCCUGUACGAGUACUAUGAUGGCACUCAACUCAACGAUCUGGAUAGCUUGCUACCAAGCGAUGCCGACGUCCAGCUGGUCCCGCUCAUGGAUGAUACGCACUUUUCCUGGGUCGCAAAUCCACAGCAGGUGGAGCAGAUGUGUGCGACUAUCAAGGAACACCUCGCUCGCUAUUGA